AGUUUUUCAUUGCUGACCUGCUGCAGAUCAUAGUGCAACGUACUUUCUACUGUCUUUGCGUGAAAUGUAAAACUUGAAUUCCAGCAGAAUGGAGCCAGUUGAUUCAAAACCCACAGAAUACGAAUAUGAAACUCAGUUCUUCGGAUUUACACCAGAAUCCUUCGUAGAUGGAGUGUAUAAUGCAGUUAAUGAUUAUGUCGUUGACUGCUUUCAAGAACUGGAAAAUAUUCUCAAAAGCGAGCCCUUGUUGUCAAGUGCAGUAACAGAAGAGCAACUCCAGGCGGAAAGUGAUAAAAUGGCCAACAAUUUUUACCGGAGUAUUGAUGUUGCCUUUGACAGAUUUGAGGUCUAUGUAAAGAAUAAUAUCUUCAAGAUACCAGCUAAUGUUCUAUUACCUGAAGAUAAGGUACAUUGCAACCAUCAGUACACGGUUGAGGAUGAAAAACAGAUUGAUAAAGAGCUUGAAGAACUAGAAAAGAAAAUCAAAGCAGCCAAGUAUGUCAAUUCAGCAUUGAAGCAGGAAAUUAAAGAUUUGGAUAAUGCUCAAGAACAGCUUCACAACUUUGAGAAACAUAUUGAUACAGUAGAGAAGGCUUUUGAAGGAAGUGGAGGUAUAAAACAAAGUUUGACGUUAAUGCAUGAAGAAGCAACAAAACUUCAUGAUCUUUUGGCAGAUGGACUUAACACCAGAGCUUUUCAUGUUCAGAAGCCACCUGCCAAAAGGAGUUCUACAAACACGAACAGACAGAAGAAAAUUAAACUAGGAUGAACUGAAACCUGAUUACUCUAGUGACAUGUGUCUAUUCUGAAUGUGCUGACUGGCACACGUAAUUUAUGGCAGUUACUGCCAUAUGUUGCCACUUGACAAAGUUUGUGAUCAAUACAUUUUUGACAAUUUUUGGACAUCUUUUUUGACAACUAGCAAAUCAAAUUUCAAGAACUGUGUAAAGCAGACAUGUCAAAUGAAUUGUCAAAAAGUGAACAUGUAACUCGACAACUUGACCUCUUAUGGUUCUCGCAGAAUGAAAUAUUGUUUUCUGGAGAAGAGGUUACAAUGUUAGAUAAGGUUACACAGUCUAGAAAAUUAACAUUGAGGAAAUAUACAAGAAUGCUUGACUGUAAGAUA